AAUGCGUGAGACCAUGAAAGCAGACCAAGUGUCCCACAGCAAGAUGAAGGUGACAGAAAUCGGGGAGUUUCUGAGGAAACCUCCUGCCGGUUUCUCCGUGGUGGCUCUCAGCUCGGGUUACAGAGUCUACAGCGACCCGGAGGAGACCCUGGUGCUCAUCGAUGACUUCCACUCUUGCAGGGGGAACAUAGUCUUCCAGAAGUCGCUGGGGAGGAAAGUUAAAGUGAACAAUUUAUGGGAGUACACCAGCUUCAGGAAGAGUCUGCUGUCCAGGAGAAUCUAUCUGCUGAUGUCUGCCUGCGAAGAACACUUUCCAGUGUCCAACAGAAAGGCAGCCAUGCUGAAGCAGUAUGUGGUGUCCAUCGAUGGCAACGACCCUUUCAUCAAGUGGCAGAUGGAAAAAGGCCUGGACUGGACCAUCUCUUCUGUUGCUGGGGAGAGCUACAGGGUGGAUAUCGACCUGACUGAAGCACUGGAAAGCUGGACAGACCUGGUAAAAGUUGAACCUGUGUGGAGAGACGCUUCCUUCACCCUGAAAUACUAUUCAGAUGCCCUAUUUGACUUCCCGCAUUGGUUUGGCUUCAGCAAGAGAACAUUUAAGCUGAGACUGACAUGAGUGAGCAGCGGAUGAAGAGUAAGGAAAAGGCGAGUUUAUUAGCUCAGUUUUUGAUGGCAUCUGCUUCUUCAAGAAAACAUGAAAAAGGAGUUUCAUGAUCAACAGAUGAACGGUUGUAAUACCUGGAAUCAUCAACCUGCCAGGUGAAGGAUGACCAUAAGUUGGAUCAGCUAACCUAUCAGGGCUGCAGGAGCUACCUUAUAAUCACUAUUGCGUCCAGAUAUGACCUCCAUUCAAUGGGUGGAAAGAUUUAUCAAGCACCGACGAGGGAAUUCUGAAUGACCUGAUGAUUAUUUCGAC